UAUACAUUUUGUUAACUGUUACAUUUUCGUUAGUGGAAAUGCACUUGAAUGAACAAUAAAUACAAAUUAUUAAAAUUCUUCGGAAUUAAUGGUACAUUUUGUUAACUGUUAAUUAAUAAAUAUUCGUAUUAAAAUUCUUUGGAAAUAGUAUUCUUUAUAAAGCCGGAUUCAUCGUUCUUGUCCGGACAACUUUUGUUGGAAAUUUUACACGUUCUUUUCCUACUUUGUCUCAGUGAGAGCGUAACCAAAAUGUGCUGAACUCUCUUUGUUCGAAUCAAUUUGAUUUUGAUUUUCUGUCCGGACAACUUGAUGAUCAGGACUGCCAUUACUCAUGUUUUUGUAAUUUUCAGCCAAAUUGGAUGUACGAUUUGGAAUAAAAACUACAAAUUUACAUGUAGGCAACCAUGCAAACCAUUGUCAGCUGUUGUCAUCUUUCAUCAAAAGUUCGCAAUGUCUUCGCCGGCUGGACAAAAUUUUACGUUGCUCAAAAAGCUUUUUUCAGAAGUGCAAAAGGAAAAGAACACCUUCUUGUAUGAUCUCAGCCAAAAAGAGUACAAAAAUAAUAAGCUUAAGCAAAUAGCUUGGGGUGAAAUUGCGGACGCACUUGAAUUGCCAAAGGAUGAAGUGCAAGUGCUGUGGAAACGCACCCGAAAUAAAUUUAAAAACGCGCUUGCCAGCAGUAACGCCCCAAUUGGAAGCACGAGACGAGUACAAAAGCAGAUGGAUACUUUUUUGUUAUCAGAAAUGGAAUUUUUACGGAAAUAUGUAGAAGAUGAAGAACCAACAACUACAAACUACACUGGCAUGCAAGAACUUUUUGACGAAAUGGCCGGAGAUCCUGAAGUCAUAAGUUCCUCCACGGAUGAAUCUUCAUCUACCCCAACAUUUAAACGCAAGAAGCCAAAACAUGGAACUUUUGACACCGAAAUGCAAACAGCCUUCCAAAAACUGAAUACCUUAGCAUCAGGUAUUUUAAGUGCGCCACAGGAUCCUUUCUAUUUAUAUUUUCAAUCAGAAAUGGAAAAAUUACCAGAGAAUGUCAAAUCUGAGCUUAAAUCUGAAAUAAUGCAAAAAAUAUUUCAAGCUAAUAAAAUGUAUUUGUAAUUUUUGUAUUUGUAUUUUAUUUGCUAAUCACCAAAAUAAAGACAGUUAACUUAGUUUGGAAGUGUUUAUUCGAAUGCAAAUUCAUAUAUUUUCUGGCAAGUUUUUGAAAUAAUUUGUAUACAUUCUCCUUACUGCAAUAGCAUCUUGAGAUGCAUGGUUGCUGUGAUAAGACAUCACUGGUUGUAGAAAACUUUGCAAAAUGGGUUGCUUUUCGCGUUGUAUGUUUUGUAGGUGUACACAUACAUCAUCCGGUGCUGAUUUUUCACGAAACCAAUUAUGCAGGCAAACGGUGGCCUUCACAAUAUUUCUUGCGGUUUGCUUGCUUGCUAUAAUUGGUUUCCGGAAUAUCCGAAAGCGACUGGCCAUAAUACCAAAUGCGUUUUCAACAACUCUUCGCGCUCUAGAUAGAUGCUUGUUGAAAAUAACUUCUUCUUGUGGUAAAUUCAUGAUAUUCCGACCUGGAUAUGGACGCAUAAUGUUUCUCCGCAAAGGAAAAGCCUCAUCCGCUAGAAAAACAAAUGGAGCAACUUCAUUUGAGUUAGGAAGCAGUUUUCCCUCCCCAAUUUUCAAAUCUGCUGGAUGAUGCAAAAUUUUGUACCCAAACCUACAACUUUUAAAUACACCGUCGUCGCUGUUAUGUCUCAAUGCUCCUAUGCCCACCAUAAUAAAUUUGUAAUUGGCAUCAGCCACUGCUAUUAAAAUUAUACUAUGCGUAUGUUUAUAGUUGUAUGUCAGCGAAUUGUGGUU